UUGAGCAGUCGCCUUCGCGUCUGUCCAUCGCUAGUGUAUAAUAAUUGUCAAAAAUAAACUUUUUAUUCCCUUUCAACAUGGAAAAGAGAAUUUGUGUUUUGUAACCAAAAAGAUUUUGUUGGGGCUUUCAUUCGGCUCGUUACGGUGUAAAGUCAAUAAAAACCAGAAGAUUUUCAGCUGCUUACAACCAAUUCACUCGAACACCUCCGAUAUACACAAACCAAAAAAAAAGAGAAAAGAAAAAGAAACAUUUCCCAGGCUAAAAGGGUUGUUUUGGUCUGUAAUUCGAUAGGAUUUUGGCUUGUUUCUAAUUUAUCCGGUGUGUGUCAGUGAUGUGAAUAAAACUUUCAGUUUUUAUCAAAUCAUUCGCUAGUUCCAUUGUAAUAUCCCAUUCGGUGUGUGCUCUCUUUAUUUGUGUCCUUUGCCAAACGAAGACGAAAAAUUAGACGGAAGAAUAGAUUUGUGUCAGUUGAGUGCAAAACACUCUCGUAUCGGCUCUGUGUGUGUACGAGGAUAUAUGAUAUAUAUACAUUUCGUAUUGUAAUGCGGUUGAACACAUAAAGGAUCUCCUUUUGUUGUUUGGAUAUUGACUUUAACGUGUGACAUGAGGAUGACUUUUUCGGUAACACUUUUCGAAAUAGAUUACAAACAAACCGUGUGUGCUGUAACACUGAUGGAUUAUUUUGCCUUAAAUUGCUGAGUGGGGGAGUUUGAAUCCUUGUUAAGCGAUAUCUUUUUAAGAAAAUUAGCGGUGUUGUGUGUAUCAGCUGUCAAUCAAAUGCAUUGUUUACGAAUUGUUACAUCACCUUUAAUGCAUCAUCUUUAACGGAGAAGUAAUACGAACACUAAUUUAUACCCUAAUGUAUGUUGAUGUUGCGUAGUCAUUGUAAAAAAGGUUGACAAAUAUGAAAACCUAUUAUUCCGUCGCCUAAAGGUUAGCUAAAGAUACAAACGAGAGAGGAAAAAAAUAUAUUGGACAGAAAAUGUGUGUGCUUAGUGAUUGAGUGGGUUGUUGUGAUACAAGCGGUUAAUGAGCUCGACAAUGCGACGAGCGUAUUUUCAUGUGGGCUUGAGAAAAUGAGUUUCGUUUUCAUUUUCACUUUGUGCUUUGCUCGACAUUAUUUAUAUUGACUCCAUCCGACAAUGCAAAAACAAAUGAAAGCAGCCGUCUCAAUGUGUUCCGUACUAGACCACCAUCACCAGCAGAACGCAUAUCAUGAGGAACAAUCGUCCACGAUAUACACAUCCGAACAGCACAUUUCAAUAUCAACCGAAAACACAUCCAUCAGCUACCACUCAACGCGAUCAAUUUCUUUCCAAUCAUAAAUUUUCGUCGCCAGAACAAAUUGGUUAUCCAUGAAGUCAUCACACAUAAAAUCGUUACGAUUCAACCAGCUGCUGGUGCUGGCAGUUGUGUGCAUGAUUGUAAACAAUUUUAAUGUUGUGAUGGCUAUUCAAAGUAAUCCAACGAACGGAAUGCCAUCGUUGGUAUUGAUUGAUCAACAAAGCGGUCGAACACCACCAAAUGCCACAGCGGUUAAAGGCUAUUUCUCGGACUUUGUUAAAUAUUUUGGCAUUGAAUCGAGUAGGGUCGAUGUGGACGUUGAAAUAGUCGAUGGUUUGAGUGCACUCGUUAAAUUUCUGAACAAACCAAAAUACUCAACCAUCAUUUAUGUGCUGCAAGGUCAGGGUACAAAAGAUUUUGGAUAUUGUGGCAUGUCCGCACAAUUGAAGGCUACCUUUAACAAAACGGUUUUAUUUUGGCCAUGUCCGAAGAUGAAGACAACAACAGAACGAUAUCUACCGUCGUACGAAACGAUAUCUUAUGCUGUCAAAAGUAUAUCAAUGAAAUUUAAUUGGACUGAUGCGACCAUAUUUGCCAAUGACGAAGAAUGGGGCCUGCCAUUGGCAAUUGCAGCCAAUUUACACGUACCAUACCGAAUCGAAAUUGGAGCUAAGCAUUUACGAGAUGUGCAGAUCGUUGAUGAUGUUGGAAAAGUUCUCAUCAUUACAUCAUCAAUCAACGCACCGGAAACAAUCGAAAUACUCAGCCGAAUGGAAAAUCUAACCCAAACCAGAGCGUUACUAAUCGACAUAAUCGGUUCGGUAUUUAAUAAUCAAAACGAUUUCAUCCACAAUUUAAACAGCCACAAAGACAACAUUAAUUUGCCGGCCAGCGGCAACCACAAUCUUUUCGUGCUGACCAUUUUAACGGACAGAUUCAAAACGUUUUUGAAUUAUUCAUUUCACGAUGAAUUUGAAAAAUUGUUUAAUGAUGUGAAUGAGAAUGGAAAUGCGGCUGAUGGUGGCGAUGAAUUUUUUAGUUUAAUCAAAAGCAUUUUCAAUCGUGAUAUAAGCAAUCGAUCGGAUGACGAAAUUGUUAGGGAUAUACGAAAAAAUGUUCGUGACAGUUGUGAUACGUGCGGCAAUUCGAUUAGGGCUCAUAUAUCAUAUUGUGAAGAUAAAGUGAAACGAGCUCAACGGUCGUCGCCCAGUGACGGUAACAUAAAAUCAAUGUGCGAGGAAAUUUUCCGCGAAAUCGAUGUACGACAAACACCAAGUCUGGUUCUGGAUCGCACCAGAACCAGCUUAGCCAUACAGCACCAUUACGUGCAUCCGCUUUUCGGUGAAUUUUUUAGUUUAUUUGACUUUAUCAUAACCGCUACGAUGUCGUUACCUGUGUCCGAUAACACAAAUAGCCAAUACGAUUUCAUUGUGCUGGACUUGCAAAUGGUGAGCAGUGGAGCAGCAAAUCAAACGACAUUUUUGUGGCGACCGUUUUUUAUUGUACAACAAAAUCAAAUAAACAAACAAAUAUUCACCGCUCAUCCAGUGAUGCCUUCAUACAGCGACUGGUUUUAUCAUAGUAUGAACAUAUACUGGACAUGCGGAUUACAAUGUUGGAUAAUAACGACAUUGGCUUUGAUAUUAUUUUUGAUAUCAAUGGUUGUAAGCAUUGCUGUUGGUAUAGCUGUAAGAAAUUAUUUAUUACGCAAGCGACUGUCGAAGGGACCCAAUAAAAUUGUUCUUUCAGCAACAGAUUUUGUGUUUCCCAUUGAUGCGAGAAGGGUGGAUGAAGGUAUCGAAGCAAUGCUUUGCUGUUGGUUGCAGCAACUACAGGAGUUUGGUGGACCAGAAGUGGAAAAACCGGAUUUACUAAAAGGAUCCAUUGGUUCGCUGAAAAAUCUUGGCUUAGCCAAUGCGGUUGCAAACAAAGCUGGCUCGGCGGCUAGUAGUAUCGUUAAACAGAAAACCGUUUUGGAUAUGCGAGCCAGAUAUAAUGGUGAUUUGGUGCAAUUGAAAGAGAUUAUCACCGGCCCGUCGAACGAAUUAAAAUCGAAAGCCAUGGAUCAUCUGGUAAUGACGCAUGGACUGAGACAUGAAAACAUUAAUCCGUUAAUUGGAUGGCUCAGCGAUCCGAACCGAAACGCAAUGGUAUUCGAGCAUUGUUCUCGUGGAUCACUGCAGGACGUACUGGUUAUGGACGAAAUCAAAUUGGACUGGUCAUUCCGUUUGAGUCUUCUCACCGAUUUGGUGCGUGGAAUGAAAUAUCUGCAUUCAUCGCCGCUACGAGUCCAUGGAUCAUUAUCGUCGCGAAAUUGUGUCGUAGAUGCACGAUGGGUGUUGAAAGUUACAGAUUACGGACUGUUGGCAUUUUCCGAAGCACAGGGAAUUCAUUUACCCACCAAAACCGCUAAAGAACUUCUUUGGACGGCGCCGGAGAUUUUGCGCAAUACCAAAGGACUCCCUAAGAGCGGUACACAGAGCGCUGAUGUUUAUUCGUUUGGAAUUAUAAUGCAAGAAGUGGUUGUGCGUGGUGAACCGUACUGUAUGCUGUCGUUGACACCAGACGAAAUAAUAUCCAAAAUUAAGAAACCACCGCCUCUCAUCCGACCGUCGGUUUCGAAAGGCGCUGCACCACCAGAAGCCAUUAAUAUCAUGCGACAAUGUUGGGCCGAACAACCGGACAUGAGACCUGAUUUUAAUUCCGUAUACGAACGUUUCAAGCAAUUGAAUCAGGGCAGAAAAGUGAAUUUUGUGGACACAAUGUUUCAAAUGCUAGAAAAAUAUUCGAAUAAUUUAGAAGAGCUUAUUAGAGAACGUACCGAUCAACUAGAUAUGGAACGUAAAAAGACUGAACAGCUGCUGAAUCGAAUGCUUCCGAGUUCAGUGGCUGAAAAACUAAAAGUAGGCCUUGGCGUUGAACCCGAGGAAUUUUCAGAUGUUACUAUCUAUUUUAGUGAUAUUGUAGGUUUUACGACAAUCGCUGCUCAUUGCAGUCCCGUUCAAGUGGUGGACCUGUUGAAUGAUUUGUACACAUGCUUCGACGCAACAAUAAAUGCUUAUAGUGUAUAUAAGGUCGAGACUAUAGGUGAUGCUUAUAUGGUCGUCAGUGGACUGCCGGUACGUUCUCCCGAUCAUGCCGAACAGAUAGCAACAAUGGCUUUAGAUCUACUUCAUCAGAGUGGCAGUUUUGAAAUCAAACAUUUGCCCGGAGUUCCAUUGCAGCUUCGUAUUGGAUUGCAUACAGGUCCGUGUUGUGCUGGCGUUGUGGGUCUAACCAUGCCCCGAUACUGUUUGUUCGGUGACACCGUGAACACAGCUUCGCGAAUGGAAUCAACAGGGUCAUCAUGGCGCAUUCAUUUAUCAGAGGCAACACGUGACCGACUGGAACGGGCAGGUGGUUAUUAUCUGGAACCGAGAGGACCGAUCGAAAUAAAAGGCAAGGGUCUAAUGAACACGUAUUGGUUGCUGGGAAAAAUGGGCUUCGACAAAGUUUUGCCCACACCACCGCCAAUUGGAGAAUCUCAUGGCCUCGACGAACAUCUUAGCAAAACAAGUCAAAUAAAGUCCCAGCAAAAGGCGACUCCUAGCGUCAGUGCCAAUCAAUCAAGCAGUCGAUCGUCGUCAAUUGCUGGUGAAAUGGUUGACGUUAGAGUUGAGAUAACGCCACCGAAAGAUUCGGAACAGUCAACCCUUCCAAACUCCUAUUCGGUUGAUUCAAAUGCAACGCUGAAUUUGAGCAUAAAUUUGUCCGAUUUCAAGACACCAUCCACCAGUCCACAGCAAAGGAAAUACUCCGAAAUUCCCACCGAAGGUCUAUUGAAUCCGGCCAAUUUCGGACGCUGUACACCGUCACCAUCAACGUCUGGUCCGCCCAAUAAGUUGUACAAAAAGUUGGAAGAGAUGAUGGACUUGAGUUUACCAUACAAUCAUUAUCGCUGUCUCAGUCCGAGCGAAAGCAAUUUGACGCAAUGUAACGACGGUAAGUACAUGUACAGUGUGGCUAAAGGUGCUGAUCUCAACAAACCAGGUUCGAGCCGACUCUUGCGACGCCAAUUCAGUCUAGACAAAGACGACUGUUUAGCCACACAGCUUACUAAAUCUGGUUUGGAGAUAUCAACACUGCAGGAAAAUCACAGUGGUCCAACUUCAUCUAAUGUUAAACCAUCAGGCCGUUUGAUCAAACAACAUUCGGCCAGUGUUGCCGUCGAUCUGGAGAAAAUCGAAGAGAUUCCCGUUUCGCCGACGCAACCAACCGGCCACGGAUAUAAGAACGAACUGUUUCUAACACAAAUACCGGGAAGUGAACCAGGGUCACCGCAUUCGGAUAAUGAUGCUAGUACCAGUAAUGGUUCGGUCGCCGAAAAACGAGAAAUUAGUUUAAAUGUGGAAUCAUUGAUCAUAAGAUAGGAUACGAUUUAAACGGUGUAGUCGAAUAUGCACUACUCGACACAGAAAUGGGGAAACGUUUCUAUACAAUAAUACAAUCGAAAGUAUAAUUCGGAUGAUGAUGUCGAAAGAGCUCCUAAUCCAUUCAAAUUAUCGACAAUCUUACUGACAUCCUGUAGACUGCUGAACAGACUUUUCAUUAAUUCCAUUGUUGCCAACUUAUUAUUAUAGAGCUGGCCAGAAUUAGAGGUUACGAUUCUAGUCGAGCUUCGACUGACUUUAAUACAAAUCGUAGGUGGGCAAUUUUGCGUUAGAGGAAUGUUGUCUUUGUACACUCGUUUCGACUAGCACCAAAGAAGGAUGGAGUGUGAGCAGUGUCUUACAUCUUUUGUUUUUAAAACGAUGCGUUUGUGUGGCCAGGUCCAUGUACCUCGUCGGGUCCAUGUACCCGACGAGGAAAUGAACAAUUUCCCAUUGAAGAGAUUAAAAUUUUCUAAAUGUUGUUUUGCUUUGAGGUUCUUUGCCGACAACAACUUCUGGUGAACGACUCGGAUUUGUAUAUCUUUCAGGUUCCGACGAGGCCUAAACUUAGCCUUCGUCGGAUCAUUACAAAGCCUCUUUUCAGGUUAGAUCAGUCAUCUAAUUCACACAAAAACUGCCAUCGUUCCGGCAUAUUUGUAUAGCCUGUGUCUAGUCGAACAACAGAAUCUGAAAAUUAAUUUUUGUGAGAACGUUUGGUUCGACCAAAAUUCAUAUGAACCUCUUCGUGUAAGAGCUAUGACGUUGAAGAACAUUUACGAAAUAUUUUGCCCGAUGCGUUUCGUUUCGAUGGGUUACGAUCCCUAACUGAACAAUUCAAACAAUAAAUCAAGAAAAGCAAUCGAAGAGAAUAUCAAAAAUUAAAGUCCACCAGAGACAUCAAUCAUCUAAAUGGCCCGCAAUCCUCAUAAUUUACGUAAUUUCGCUCGGUUAGUCGCUGAGGCCGAAGACACACUAGCAAUUUCGUGUUGAUGGUAUCGACAAUUUUUCUGCGUUUUCCAUUGUUAUCCGAUAUUCACCACAGGGUCUGUGGCACAGGCUAAACAAUGGAAAAUUCAGCAUAAUUGUUGAUCUCACCAACUGGAAAUUGAUCGUGUGUUUUCGGCUUAAAAGAAAUAUCCUGAUGUUUUACGUGGCGUUCAUUGGUGUUCGUUGACUUUCGUAGGGCGGAAAACAAACUGUCAAUUUUGAAAUGUUGAAAUGUUACUGGGUGAAUAUCGAAAUGCAAUGGAAAACGCAGAAUGAUUGUCGAUUUCAGCAAUUCAAGAAAGUGUGUUUCCGGCCUAAGUGAGCGAAAUUAUCGAAACUCCACCCUUCUUAUCUGCGAAACGAAAGCGAACAGAAUUUCCAUUAUUUUCCACACCAGUCACCCAUUAAUAUAACAACUCAAAAAGUUGUUCGGUUGAGCAACUCCAGCUGAUCAUUCCUUAGUUUGGGUUUUAAUUUUGAAAAUUAAAAAGCAAAAAGAAACCAACAAAAAUGUUAGCCGAUCAAUUUGUAUGUUAGAGAACCAAACAAAAAUUAAUAUUAAAUGUGUUACAAAACUGAUGAUAAAUGAAAUGAAUUUAAAAAAGUUUAAAACAAAAAAAAAUAUUUUAAGAAAUAUAUC